UAUACAGCUCCCUGUAGCUCCAGACUUUGCUUGUUACGACCGAUUGCACGACUUAAGCCAAAAUGUCCGAUUCCACCGUUGCCCGUCCUCCUCCCAGCGCCAUUUCCAGGCCGCUCAGCGAGUCUCUUCUUAAUGAGAAGUGGGACCGCUGCCUCUCCAAUCUCCUCGUCAAGUCAUCCCUCGGUCUCGGUUUUGGUGUCGUCUUCUCUGUCCUCUUGUUCAAGCGAAGAGCAUGGCCCGCAUUUGUCGGCGUUGGCUUCGGUGCUGGCCGUGCCUACGAGGAGUGUAACUUCAGCCUGAAGCAGGCUGCAAGGGACUUGAAGAAGCAGACCGCGUAAGGGAACUGCGGAGUGGGCGUCGACUAAGAGACGAGUCGUUUAUUUGUACCAAGAACAAGCACGCCAGAACAUGGCGGCGUGUUAAAAAAGGGCACGGAGAGCUUUGCCGUGGGCUCCAGGGAGAACCAAUGCCAAACUAGGACGUUUUUUUCCAGAUUCAAUAGAGGUAUCAUGUACAACAAUCUGCCAUUCCUAAUUUUUACCACCAGUCUUUAUCCC